AUGCCAACUCUACUAGAUAAUACACUCAAGUCAAAGAACAUGGUUCUUGCCUUUGGAGGCGUUGUGGCCGCGGCGACGGCUUGGAUGCUCGCCGGCGACUUGUUUCCUGCCGACCCGGACCCUAAAGGAGAACCGGAGACGUGGACGAGAGAAGAGAUGCGGAGAUGGCUCGAGGCUACUUCCUCGCAAGUAGCGGAGAUGGACGUCAUAUACAUAUUCAUAUUUCUUCAAUACAAGCCGUUUGAUGUACUUCUGCCUCCCUCGGAGGCUGCUGUCCCCAAGACGCCAGUCAGCGACCAGUCGCCACCUAUCCCUGUCAUUGUCUGCGGCAGGCGGGAGGCCAUCGGUGAAGCCGUCGCAGCCGGACUCAAGCCAGAAUACGAGCUGGUGCAUUUUGUCAAGACCCCCGAGGCCGGCGUCAAGGACCUGCCGCUGGUCCUCGAAGGAAGCGCCCCGGAGACAGUACCCAGCAGCGUCGGCACGGGAAACAUUGCCACAGGGGCGACGGCCGUCAUUUUGGGCGGCGGCUACGAUGAUGAUGACUACGACGUGAUGCGCAAAGCCGUCGAUGCGGCUACGCUGAAGCAGCGCCCGGUCUGGCUGCGCAACGACCUGAGCGUCGUCAUGCCACCACCCGGUCCGGAAUACGGAAAAGCCAUUGUCGUCAGAGUAAAAAAGAUGUUGGUACAGCUGGAAAAGGAUAAGAAACUGGAUGGCUCAGACGGCAACGUGUACUGGUAUUAG